AUGGCCUACUACGAGGACCAUGGGGGCGACUCCCAGCUCGGGGGGAGGUUUACGAAGAAUUAUGACAGCGGCCCCGUCGGUCCCCGACGACCCAGACUCGUGACGGAUUAUGGCUCUUCGAUGGUACAAUGGAUGCGAACACGGCGACCACACUACAGAGGAGGGCAUCGGAUGGAGACCGAGCGGCCGAGCGCCAGUUUCACGGUGGAUAUGUUGCCGCCCAUGGCUCGAAUCCAUUCCCCUGCCGAUACAAUCCCCGUCCGACACCUGCACCAGUCGAUUGGGAAAUCCAAGAAGCCGAUUGUCGUGGUGCGAUGGACUCCCGAAGGGAGACGGCUGCUCACCGGAGGCCAUACCGGCGAGUUUAUGCUUUGGAACGGAACGGCCUUCAAUUUUGAAACGGUCAUGGAUGCUCAUUACGAUCAAAUACAAGCAGGCGUUACAUCGCUGGGCUGGUCUCACAGCCAUGACUGGCUGAUCUCCGGCGGCCAACGGGGCGACAUCAAGUACUGGCGCCCGAAUUUCAACAACGUCGAGACGAUUGACGACGCACACCACGAUGCGGUGCGAGACCUGGCCUGGGCGCCUAGCGAUACCAAGUUCCUUUCUGCGUCGGAUGAUACCACCCUCAAGAUCUUUGACUUUACCUCGCGGACCUCCGAUACGACUCUGACGGGCCACAAUUGGGAUGUCAAGUCCUGCGACUGGCACCCGACGAAAGGAUUGUUGGUGUCUGGGUCAAAAGACCACCAGGUCAAGUUCUGGGACCCGCGCACCGCUCGGUGCUUGACCACGCUCCACAGCCACAAAAAUACAGUUACGGCUACCCGGUUCUCGCGGGUCAACAACAAUCUCCUCGCUACAUCAUCGCGCGACCAGACGGCGCGAGUAUUUGACCUGCGGAUGAUGAGGGACAUUUGCAUCUUACGAGGGCAUGACAAGCCCGUGUCUUCGUUGACAUGGCAUCCGAUUCACAGCAACCUCAUCUCUACUGGAGCCGAGGAUGGAUCCUUGCAUCACUAUCUCCUGGAUGAGCCCAACCUACCCAGUGGCCAGAUCCCCACCGUGGCACCGUAUGAUAGCCCGGACCCUGCCAAUACCCCGCCACAAGUGAUCUACCCGGCGCAUCGGAUUCAAUACGCACACGCCGCCACGAUUUGGUCGCUGGACUGGCACCCAUUGGGCCAUAUCCUGGCCUCAGGAUCGAAGGAUAACUUUACUCGAUUUUGGUCUCGAGCGCGACCCGGUGAAACUAGUUACAUGCAGGAUCGAUUCCAUAUCGGCGAAGAGGCAGCAGAAGCACAGGGCACAUGGAACCGUGGGUUCGGCCGGAGACAGAUGCGCGAGGAAGAGGAGCAAGAUAUGCAGGACGAGGCCGACAGCCUUGUCGACCAGCGCCAACCCGGUGGUCCGUCUCUGCCCGGCAUUCAAAGUGCUCCCCAGCCCGACGGCCCAGGAUUACUGCCUGGUAUCGGUGCCGCUCAACCGCCGCCGCCGGGUGCCAUGGGCGGAAUGGAUCCUGGCCGCUUGGCUGCAAUUAUGGGCACACAACCUCCCCCGCAGUCACACACACCCAAUCAAGGAAUGCCCGGGUUCCCCAUGCCACCGGGAAUACCCGGAGCGCCACCGAUGAAUGUCGAUCUCGCGCAACUGCAGAAGCAGCUUCUCUCUCAAGGGUUCCCCAUGCCCCAGAACCCCAACCCCCAGAAUUUCCCGGUAAACCCUGGCUUUCCAGCAGGGUUCGGUGGCUUGCCAGGACUGCAGGGAGGUGGCACUCCCGAUGGCAACCGACGGUAG